AGGGAAUGAAGUGAACUGAACAUAUGGACUUAUCAACAGAGUCAGAGAAACAACAUCUGAUUGAGACUCAUUUGGAGCCUUUAAGAUGGACGAGUUCUCCUGGUGAAAAUGAUUCAGACUCGCCAUCAGAUUUUAGUGAAGAUGCCUCCAGUGUGGAAGGCCUGGGGCAGCCUGACUGGCUCUGCCAGGAGACGAAUGUGAUGUUAAGGGCUGAAAGUGACGCCAGAUGUUUGGCCAGAAGGAAGCUUCUCAUCGCCUGCGCUGUCAGUCUUGUUUUCAUGACCGGAGAGGUGAUUGGUGGAUACGCAGCUGGCAGUCUGGCCAUCAUGACAGAUGCAGCACAUCUUCUGACUGAUUUUGGCAGCAUCAUGAUCAGCAUCUUCUCUCUGUGGCUGUCAUCCAGGCCUCAGACACACGACAUGACCUUUGGGUGGCAUCGAGCAGAGAUUCUGGGCAUGUUGCUGUCAGUCAUGUCCAUCUGGGCUUUGACAGCAAUGUUGGUCAUAUCAGCCGUUCAGAGGAUCACUGACGGAGACUACGACAUCGACAGUCAGAUCAUGCUGAUAACUUCAGGUUGCGCUGUGGCGGUCAAUGUCCUGAUGGUCCUGAUUCUCCAUCAGUCUGGGGCCUCACAUGGCCACAGUCACGGCUUUCCCGCCAGCCAGCUGCAGAAGGACAAACGUUGGGGGCAUGGCCACCACCAUCACAGCCACGGCAACGCAAGUGUAAAGGCAGCUUUCGUCCACGUGGUGGGAGAUCUGGUGCAAAGUGUCGGAGUCCUGCUGGCUGCCACCAUCAUCCACUUGUGGCCUGAAUAUAAAGUAGCAGAUCCAAUUUGCACGUUCCUGUUUUCAGUUCUUGUUCUUGUAACAACAAUUCCAGUCACAAAGAAUGUUUUCAGAAUACUGAUGGAAGGCGCUCCUCAGGACAUCAGCUUCAACACUGUGAAGGAGCUUCUGCUGUCUGUGAGAGGAGUUGUGGCUGUUCACAGUUUGCACAUGUGGAGCCUCAACAUGACUCAUUCUUUACUUUCUGUCCACGUGGCCACAGAAAAAGAUGCUGACACACAGCUCGUCCUCAUGAAGGCAACGAAGCUCCUGCGCUCCGAGUUUGGCUUCUCCAGCAUCACAAUCCAAGUGCAGCGCUAAAAGGAUGACUGUGGAGACGGGUGACAGAGCAGAGGCUUCCUGCUUAACAGCCUCCUACUCGCCCCCAA